AUGGCCGACGUAGAAAAGCUUCGAGAGUUAGCUACCGCUAAUAUUGACAAACAUGCCGAUGAUUUAUACUCUAUCAAUCAACAAAUACAUGCUAAACCUGAAAUUGCACAUCAGGAAGUUUUUGCUCAUCAACUUUUAACCUCAUUUUUAGCAAAACAAGGCUUCCAAGUGGAACAACAUUACGCCUUGGAAACCGCUUUUAAGGCGACGUUACGAUGUGGCAAAGGUCCUAAUGUCGCUGUCCUCUGCGAAUACGAUGCACUGCCUAAAAUUGGCCAUGGAUGCGGUCACAAUUUGAUUGCUGAAGCUGGUAUCGGCGCUGCAAUAGGCAUUCAGGCCGCUAUGAAAGCGAUCGAUGAGGGUCGUGACUUUGGUACGCUAACUGUUUACGGUACACCUGCUGAAGAAGGCCUCGGUGGCAAAAUAGCCAUGAUUAAACAUGGUUGUUUCAAUGGUGUUGAUUUUGCUAUGAUGGUUCAUGGGAGCUCCUUUGACGCUGGUAUCUCCAAUUUAGCAUCUAUGCUCGAUAUAGGUAUAACUUAUCAUGGCAGAAAUGCCCAUGCUGCAUUGUGCCCAUGGGAUGGGAUCAAUGCUGUCGAUGCUGCUGUUUAUUGUUAUAAUUCUAUCUCAGCCAUGAGACAACAUUUUAAGCCUACAUGGCGUGUCCAUGGCAUCAUCACCGAUGGAGGUAAAUUACCUAGUAUUAUACCUGAUCAAUCACAAAUGCAAUUCUAUCUUAGAGCAUUGUCUGAAAAAGAUCUUCACAUUUUGCUAGCCAAAUGUGAAAGUUGCUUUCGUGGCGCUGCAACCGCUACAGGAUGUACUGUCGAUAUCCAAUAUCGAAAAGUUCAUAAUGAUCACUAUAUUUGUAUGCUAAAUAAUCUCUCCAUGGCAAACCGAUAUGAACAACAUGCAUCUCGUCUGGGUGUUCAAUUUCCCAGUUAUGCUCAGCAACUAACAUUACCUGCCGGAUCGUCAGACAUGGGUAAUAUUUCACAAUUGAUACCAUCAAUACAUCCUUUUUUCGAUAUUGGUACUAAGGUUCCCAAGCAUAGUAGUGCAUUUACUGAAGCUUCUGCUACUGCUAUUGCUCACGAAAAGACGUUAAUUGCCGCAAAAUCGAUGGCACUAGUUGCCAUUGAUAUCUUUACGGAUCCUCAAUUUCGCCAGCAAAUUAUACAAGAAUUCAAUGAUGCUAAAGUUGAUUCUUAA